AUGCAUAGUGUGCUUCUUGUCUCACCUGAACCGGUUCUAGAGGAAUAUGCCGACGAGAGAUGGAAGUGGUUUAAGGGUUGCUUAGGAGCAUUAGAUGGCACAUAUAUAAGGGUACCUGUUCCAGAGGUUGAUAAACCAAGGUACCGAAAUAGAAAGGGUGAGAUUACAUCCAAUGUAUUAGGAGUUUGCUCACGUGAUAUGAGAUUCGUUUAUGUUUUACCUGGAUGGGAAGGCUCAGCAGCAAAUUCUAGAGUGCUUCGAGAUGCUAUAGUUAAACCCAAUGGUUUAAAGAUCCCCGUUGGUAAUUAUUAUCUUGUAGAUGCUGGAUACACAAAUGGGGAGGGCUUUCUUGCUCCUUAUAGAGGUUCUUUAGCUAGUGACAAAGAAGACGAGAGUGCUAUUGGCAGGGAGCUUUUGAUUCUUGUUCUGGUUUCUCUGCUAGCCGUUUCGGCUAACGCUCAAGUGACCAGUUUCGUGUACCCCGGUUUCACAAUGGGAGAGAUGAGCCUCGAUGGGAUGGCCUGGGUCACCCCCGAUGGCCUCCUGACUAUGGGCUACGACGUAUUAACGGAAGUGGGCCACGCCUUCCAUCCCGAGCCAGUCCAGUUCAAGAACUCGCCGAACGGCUCCGUCUUCUCCUUCUCCACCACGUUCAUCUUUGCGAUCCGACCUCAUAUUAAGACUCUGAGCGGCCCCGGGAUCGUUUUCACGGUCGCGCCCCAGAUAGGCUUCCCCGGGUCCCUGCCUAGCCAAUACCUUGGCAUUUUCAACGAAACUGACUACGGCAACGCCACCAAUCAUGUGUUCGGGGUGGAAUUUGACACGACCCAGAGCAGCGAGUUUAAUGACAUCAACGACAAUCAUAUCGGAAUCGACUUGAACCGGUUGACAUCAGCAAACUCAACUCCGGCAGGGUAUUAUGCAGAUGGUGGUGAGUUCAAGAACUUGACUCUAAUCAGUGGUGAAGAAAUGCAAGUUUGGGUGGACUAUAAUGGAACUGAAAAGCGGGUCGAUGUCACAUUGGCUCCGAUCAAAGUGCAAAAGCCAAACACUCCCCUUCUGUCUCUUACAUGGAAUCUCGCGUCAGUUAUCAACGAGAACAUGUAUGUUGGCUUCUCGUCAUCGACCGGACAUUCAGUCCAAACUUCUUACUAUGUUCUGGGUUGGAGCUUCGGGGUAAAUGCAAAGGCUCAGGAACUUGCCCUGUCCCAACUUCCUAAGCUUCCUCAGGUCGGUAAAAAGGAUACGUUGAAGGUACUGACUAUUGGGCUACCAUGGGUGGUUCUUUUCCUCAUAUCAAUCCUGAUCUCGAGCGUGGUUUACGUGAUGAGAAGGAAACGGAAAUUUGCCGAGGUGCUCGAAAAUUGGGAGAGGGACUACGGCCCGCACCGGUUCAAGUACAAAGACCUUUCUAUUGCGACAAAAGGAUUUCGGGAGCAAGAGCUAUUAGGGACUGGUGGGUUCGGUCGGGUCUAUAGAGGAAUCUUACCCACAUCAAACAUAGAGGUCGCAGUGAAGAGGGUCUCACAUGAAUCGAGACAGGGUACGAGAGAAUUCGUAGCGGAGAUCAUCAGCAUCGGUCGGCUACGUCAUCGCAACAUAGUGUUGCUCCUUGGUUACUGCCGUCGGAAAGGGGAGUUGCUCUUGGUUUACGAAUUCAUGCCCAACGGGAGCCUCGACAGGUACCUUUAUAACCAACCAACGGUCACCCUAAAUUGGAGGCAAAGAUUUAGGGUGAUCAAAGGAGUGGCAUCUGGACUGCUUUAUCUGCACGAAGGCUGGGAGCAAGUAGUGAUCCACAGGGAUAUAAAGGCGAGUAACGUCUUGCUAGAUGCUGACCUAAAUGGAAGACUUGGAGAUUUUGGGCUUGCGAGACUAUACGACCACGGAGCUGACCCUCAAACGACUCACGUUGCAGGAACGCUUGGUUAUCUCGCCCCCGAACACACGCGAACUGGCAAAGCCACUAGGAGCACAGACGUGUUUGCAUUCGGAGUGUUUUUGCUUGAGGUCGCCUGCGGGAGAAGGCCGAUCCAGAAUCGAGAUGCGGAGGACACGAUAUUGGUGGACUGGGUAUUUUCUUGCUGGGACAGAGGUGCCAUUCUCGAGGCCAGAGAUCCGAAGUUGGGGGCGGAGUGUGGAAGAAGAAAUGGAGUUGGUUCUGAAACUCGGGAAAUGGAGUUGGUUCUGAAACUCGGGUUGAUGUGUUCCCACGCCGAGCCACUGAUGAGGCCUAGCAUCCGUCAAGUUUUGCAUUACUUGGAGGGCGAUAUUCCAACGCCGGAGUUGUCGUCCAUCGGCGGCAGGUUAACAGUCGGUCAUCACGGAGGUUUUGAUGAUUUGGCUAGGUAUCCAUCCUCCAUGGAAAAUACAUUUCAGCAAUCAAAUUCUGUCCCAAAGCAAGAGAAAGAGGAAGGAUCUGGAAAUGGUCGUGACGGGAUUAUGGUGGUCACGGACGUGGCCAUGGCGGUUGACAGUGCUGGUGCUGACCGUGCUUCCCCCCGGCGCGGCCCCGCAGUUCUUCGCAUUCUGCCUAUCUUCUGCAAUACUGAGGCAUCAUCGUCGGAAAGGCCGGUGAACGGAGAUGGUUGCCUUGUGGAGGUUGAAGAUGGAUGA